AUGAGCGAAGAGGAUUUGAAGUUGGCUGCUCACCUUAUUCAUAUGGGUGAAUCCAUCAACAAAGGAGACUAUGAAAUUUCGAGCGAAGAACACAUUUCCAAUUUCGAAGAAGAAUUGCAGGAUAAGACUUGGACCCCAAACACUGCUUUCAUGAAAUGCAUCUACUGUGAUAAUCACUUAUGUUUCGAAGAUUUCAUUAUCCAGCAUCAUAAUUGUUCUUCUAGGUACCGAGGGGCACGAAAAAAGUUGUCUCGUUAUUUACCAUGUCCGAAAGUAUAUAUGCACCAAUUUUCUAGAAAUUCUCAAACACUGUCUGAAAACACCUCCCUUCAGAAAAAACCCAAAAGAUGCAUUACGUAUGCAAGUCGUCAAAUGUUGCAAGAAAGCAAGAAGACCACUUUAGAGAUAAGCGCAAACUCUCGAUUUCUAGUUUAUGGGGUGGGACGGAAAAGAAAGUAUCCCAACGAGACCUUGAAACUUCCCUCCGAACUAGACUCUACUUUUCCGUUCGUUUUUAUCUUUUAUUCUGUCCAUUCCAUUCAUUUUUCCGAAAAAAAAGUUGAGAACGAUGAACAUCUGCCGCCAGUUUCCCGCUCAUUUCCACCAGCAGUUUUCUUAGAGAAGAGCACCCACCCAGACCAAUUGCUAUUUCUUUAA